AGAGAGAGAGAGAGAGAGAGAGAUUGGCCUUGCUAGGCUUUUGGCCUUUUGUGUGCUUUUGUCCAACCCCAGUGAGAAAAAAAAGAAACAGAUAGCAAAAGAGAACAGUGACGAUAGGUACUUCUUAUAAGAACAACUAGAAGAACCACUCAAUAACCCCACCUCCUCUCCCUUUCUCAUCUCUCUCUCUCUCUCUCCCUCCCUCCCUCUCACUCUCCCUCCUUUAGAAUUUCUACCAUCUAAUCUUGGUAAUAUGGACAAUCAACGCAACCCUCUUCUUGGUGUUGGCUGGGCUUACUACUGCCAUGGAAAGAAUGUUGAAGAUGAGUUGAGGAGUUCCCUUUGUUUUGCAAAACUAGAGCUUGAUCAGACAAGGGUAGCAUUACAAGAUGAGCUAAGAAAGAAGGACGAUCAACUAAGCCAUCUCAGAGAUCUGCUUAACAAAACCAUCAAAGAAAAAGAUGAAGUCCAGGAGAAAUGCCAAAGACUCCUUUUGGAGAAACUCCUGCUUCAGCAGCAGCAGCAACAAACAGCUCCUCUUUCAGGAAUUUCCAGCAUUGAAGAUGAGCCCAGAAGAGGAAUUGACUCUAAUAAUGGCUUCUCUUCUUCAGAUUGUGAAGAAAGCAUAGUCUCCUCUCCAGUGAUGGACCAAAUUCAGCAAACCCAGUUGGCAACAACACCAGCUGCAGCUGCAGCUGCACCCUCCAUUUCAGAGGCGGCCCUGGACCUAGUCUGUGAGAAGCCAUUACCUGAAAAGGGAAAGCUUUUGCAGGCUGUGAUGAAAGCUGGGCCACUUCUUCAGACCCUUCUCCUGGCUGGACCUCUUCCCCAAUGGAGACACCCACCACCUCCACUGGAGUCCUUUGAGAUCCCACCAGUGACCAUCCCUUCACCACCACCACCACCACAAGUACUGUUCCACCAAGAUUCCUUCAUUAACAACUUUAAUGGCUGCAACAACACCAUUACCAACUGUGGCAGAGUCAACAGGAAAAGGGUCCUCUGUGAUGGCUCUGAUUCUCCCACAGAAGCCAAGUACCAAGGGAUUGUUCUUCACUGACUGAUAUUUCUGCUAUUAAGAAGUAAUCCUUUUUUUUUGUCCAAUUCUACUAUAGGUUUGAUAAUUAUAAUUUUAAUACAACUAAAAGAGAGGUUAGUGAGGAUUAUGAAGAAAAAAAACAAAAAAAAAUUGAACUUGGGGUAUUUUAACUGAUGAUCUAGCAUUUUGUACAGAGGUUUGUUCUAGUGAAAAAAAGAACCAAUCCCAAAUUAACUCAGUGAGAUGAGUAAAAGAAAGGAAGCUUGUUUCAUUCAUUCAGGCUCUUCUGCAAGCGGUUGUUGUGUGGGGAUUUUGUCUCUCCUUUACUUAUUUAAUUUUCCUUCACAUUUUAGUAUUUUGCUCCAAGAUGUGAAAUGGGGUCCCUUGAUUUUUCCAACAACGUAGUUGUGGACUGUAAAAAAAAUUGUAACUUUUUUUACUAGUUUAGUAUGCAAGAGUGUGUUGUUGUGUUGUGUUGUGUAUCUAUGUAAUGUUGAAAGAAAGUGACAGAAUCACUUCUAAACAUUAAGAAAAAUAGGUGUGUAGUUGUUGGGUGUGGGUGUGGGUGUGGCCAACAACCAGAAGGUUUUUGUUUUAAGAGAGCCUUUGAGCUUGUCGGGUUGAGUGGAUCCCACAAAUCAGAAUCAGGAUCUGAUUACUGGUGUGAUGUAUGAUUAUAUUUAUAUAUUUUUUCUCCCAAGUCUUUUUUUGAAGGGAAGUUAUGAUUAUAUACAAUUAAGUCUCUAA